UUAAAUUUCUUAACAGAACCUACACAACUUAACAAUCCUCUCGUAUUUUAUUUCACAGAGGAUUUAAACGGAACGUUAUAUGCCGUACGCGAAUGUGUAAUGCAAGUAAUUCAAUGCAAACUAUCAGACGUGUUGAGAAAUGAAUAUUUUAUUUGUACUUUCAUUGAUUUAUCUUUCAGUUUCAUGUAAAUACUCUUGUGAUUACAAAUUUGGCGAUCCAAGCUGGGAUUAUUCUCAAAUUUUUUAUAAUAAAUCUCACAUAGUCACACCCGGUACUAAUGAAUUGAUGUUACAUCUGGAGUCAGAACUAAUGGUAUCUUUUGUGUGCGUCAAUGUAUCCGUCGCAAAGGAGUCGUCAGACGUAUCCUACUCUAGUUUAUUUAAGAAGUUAACUAUUAAAUUACGCGAAGCUCAGGAGAAGGACGUGAGAGUGGACGUCGUUGCUAUGCACCACGGCUAUCGAAGACGCGACUACUAAAUAUAUACAUACAUAUUGUAUUUAUAUUAAAUAAAGUGCUCCAAAUACAAAAUGCUCGUUUAUAACACA